UCAGAGCCGCCCGGUCCCUAUCAAUCGAUCAGCGAGAGGAAGAUGGCGCUGAGCGAAGUCAACUGCACAGCAUCGAUCGCCGAAAAACUCGAUCGAGUGUUUACUCUUUAACCCAGACUGUGUGGUUGUCACACCGUCCCGGACCCAGCGUUUUGAGGUCGCUUCGAAGAGGCGACACGCCGUUCUAUUUAGUGUCAUCCUCCCCAGGCAAAGUCAAAAAGCCUUGACAGGCAAUGGAGUUCCCUUGGCAUAGUGGGAAGGUUCUGGAGCAGCUGAACCACCAGCGCAAGCAGGGCUUGCUGUGUGACUGCACCUUUGUCGUAGAUGGAGUUGACUUUAAGGCACACAAGUCUGUACUGGCGGCCUGCAGCGUCUACUUCCGCACCCUCUUCUUAGACCAGAAGGACGUGGUGCAUCUGGACAUCAGUAAUGCUGCAGGUUUGGGCCAAGUCCUGGAAUUCAUGUACACCUCUAAGCUGAAUUUGAAUACUGAGAAUGUAGAAGAUGUGAUGGCAGUUGCUAACUUCCUGCAAAUGCAAGAGAUUAUAAACGCUUGCUCCGUGUACCAGUCAGUGGCAAGUCCAGUGCCAUCCCUUCUCACACUGGAUAUUGCCGUUGGUGAAAAAACAGGUGAAGAACAACCAAGUGAGGAGCAUGACCGUGACCCAACAGAAGCGGCAUUACCAGCAGAGCAAAGUCCCUCCACAAUCCCCACAGUAGAAAGUGACAAGCAGGUGGAAGAUCAGGACCUCACCGAAGAAAAUGAAGACGUCUCCAUUCAAACACAAAAGACUGCUUCCGAGAUGAGCCCUGCUAAAACCCAUCCAGGUCAGGCACAACCUGCCAAAACCAGCACUGCUCAAGGGGAGAUGCCUGUAAAGGAGGUGGAUGAAGCUGCACAGGAGGCUUCCACAAUGCAGGAUGACGGCUCUGACGGAGACUACACACCCCUUGCAUGUCUUCCAGAUACACCUAUCAAAUCUGUCACCACCCCCAUUUUUACAAGCUUCCGUGGGAGACGAAUUCGAAAACCUCCCCGUCGAAACUUCCCACCUGACAACGACACAGAUGAUGAGGGGACAAAAAACGAAGAAAAGCAGAUGACAGAAUCGACGGAAGAGACCAGACCCGACCAGGAGGAUGAAGGUGAGGAUGAGACCGACGGGGAAGACAUGGCAACUGAAGAAGACACCAAUCAGCCCACGGAAGCGGGCGACGAGGACGAGGAGAAACAGGUUCCCUCCACUGGUUUCACCAAUCGAUCCGAAUCGAAGCCUUACAGCUCUAUGACGCACAAAUGUGAGGACUGCGGCAAGAAAUUCACACACACUGGGAAUUUCAAAAGACACAUGCGUAUUCACACGGGUGAGAAGCCCUUCAAGUGUCGGGACUGCAACAAGGCCUUUUCAGACCCGGCGGCCUGUAAAGCUCAUGAAAAAACGCACAGCCCACUUAAACCAUACAGCUGCUCGACGUGUGGAAAGAGCUACCGGCAGAUCAGCCUGCUCAACCUGCACCGCAAGCGACACACCGGAGAGGCGAAGUACAGCUGCGAGGCGUGCGGGAAGCUCUUCACUACAUCAGGGAACCUGAAGCGCCACCGGCUGGUGCACAGCGGUUUGAAGCCGUACCACUGCGACUACUGCGACAAGGCCUUCUCCGACCCCACCGCUAAGAUGCGGCACCUGGAAACGCACGACGCCAACAAGGGCAACAAGUGUCCACACUGUGAAAAACGUUUCAAUCAGAUUGGAAAUCUCAAGGCUCACUUAAAAAUCCACAUCAAAGACGGGCCCCUCAUGUGCAGAGAAUGCGGCAAACAGUUUACCACCUCAGGAAAUCUGAAGCGACAUACACGGGUCCAUAGCGGGGAGAAACCAUACGUCUGUGUGCACUGCCAAAGGGCUUUCAGCGACCCAGGGGCUCUGCAACGGCAUGAACGCAUUCAUACUGGGGAAAAACCGUGUGUCUGUCACACCUGUGGCAAAGCCUUCACACAGGCCAGCUCCCUCAUUGCACACGUUCGGCAGCACACUGAGAGAAAACCCUUUGUGUGUGACCGUUGUGGUAAAAGGUUUGUACAGUCCAGUCAGCUGGCCAAUCACAUUCGCCACCAUGACAAUGUCCGGCCUCACCAGUGUCAAAUGUGUAACAAGGCCUUUGUCAAUGUGGGAGACCUUUCAAAGCACAUCAUCAUUCACACUGGGGAGAAACCAUUCCUGUGCGAUAAAUGCGGCAGGGGGUUUAACCGCGUAGACAACCUGCGCUCUCAUGUCAAAACCGUCCACCAGUGUAAGGCUGGCAUGAAGUCGCUGGGUGUAGCUGAUGGUAGCACCGACGUGGGUGCCGACGGUUGCGCUGAGGCAUCCACCUCCGACAACGAGAUCAACAUAGUAACUGUUAGCGAGGACGUUAUCACCCUGGCGACGGAGGCCCUGACGGGCAACGCUGUAGCACAGCUAACAGUGGUACCAGUAGAAGCACCAGUGUGUGCUGAUCAAACAGAAGCUUUGAAAGCAGAAAUUACCAAGGCGGUAGUGAAAGUGCAAGAAGCAGACCCCAACACCCAGAUACUUUACGCUUGCGACUCGUGUGGUGAUAAAUUCCUGGAUGCCAGUUCGCUUGCACAGCAUGUACGCAUCCACACAGCCCAGGCCCUGGUCAUGUUUCAAGCAGACUCCGACUUCUACCAGUACACCACAAUCACCACAGCUGAGGGGGAGACCACCACGGCCUGGACACCCACCGCCGAACCGGUGAUCCAGGAAGGGGGCCUCAUCUUCCGUGGCCAAGAAGGGGAUGCAGAGGAGGGGAUUGUGGCAGAACCGCAAACGGAAGCAACAGUGAUUCUUGGGAAGAAAGGAGAGGAAGGACAAGUGUUGGGUGGGAUCCAGACAGGUGUAAAAGUUGAAGGUGAGACUGAGUUAAUUAUGUGUGAGGUUCAGGUCUAGGCAUUUUUAAAGGGUACUUUUCGUUUUAAAGCGCAGAUACAACACUGUUAGAUGUCCCAAAUAAUGAAGUCUGCCUUGUCGUAUAUCAUAUUUACACUCAAAUUAUGCAUAUAAGAAAAGUAUCUGUCUUAUUUUCCCCGUGGUACUCAGUUUAUAUUCAGUAUGUACAUUUUUCUUGGAGUCAGAAUAUUUAAUGUAUUUUCCUAAUUCUGUAAUUUGAUCAUCCAUUGUAUGUAUGUUAUUAUUUCUUUCUAAUAUUUAUUUAAUGCCCCAAAGUCUUUGAAGUUAAAAACAGAUAACUAUGUGUGUAAAUAAAUAGUAAUUGCUGCUUGUACGCCUAUUAAAA